GAUAUUUUCUGUUUAUUUGAUUGUACCUAAAGACAAUUGAACAAAGAUACAACUUAUCGGUGAUAUUAUAUCAUUGCCAUUGUCACCUUUACAAGGAUUCUAAAAAUGGCUCAAAGUGCUGCUUUGCUGACACGCAUAGUGGCAUCGUCUGUAUCAGCCACUAUACAAGCUGGUAAAAUAAUCAGAGAUGUUUUGAGCACAGGUGGAUUAAAUAUUGUGGAAAAAGGCAAGAAUGAUCUACAAACGGAAGCAGAUCGUUGCGCCCAACGAUGUAUUAUAACUUCGCUCAGUCGUCAAUUCCCAAAUAUUACUAUCAUUGGUGAAGAAGAACCAUCUAACUGCGAGGUACCAUCAGAAUGGAUCAUCACAGAAGCAGAUCAAGAAGUAUUGCAAUUAAAAUUACCAGCUCAUCUAGAGGAUAUUAAUCCUAAGGAUGUGUGCAUCUGGGUAGAUCCUCUGGAUGGUACAGCAGAGUACACGCAAGGAUUAGUGGAACAUGUUACAGUAUUAGUUGGUGUGGCAAUUGGCAAAACAGCAAUUGGAGGCGUCAUACAUCAACCCUAUUAUAAGAAUGAAGAAAAUGGCACGUACAUUGAAAACGGUCGUACAUUAUGGGGUAUUAAUGGCGCAGGAUUCGGAGGAUUUACACCGAAUUCGCCUCCAGAGGGGAAGAGAAUAAUCACAACCACUCGUUCGCAUUCUGAUAGCAUUGUUCAAAGCGCCAUAAAAUCGUUGGAUCCUGACGAAGUGACACGCGUCGGCGGUGCUGGACAUAAGGUAAUUCUUCUGUUGGAAGGAAAAGCUCACGCGUACGUGUUUGCCAGUCGCGGGUGCAAAAGAUGGGACACUUGUGCGCCCGAAGCUGUACUUCAUGCAAUCGGUGGUAUUUUAACCGAUCUUCAUGGUGAUCGUUACUCAUAUAAUCAAGAAACGUCACAUCUAAAUAUGAGAGGCAUACUGGCCACUGCUCCUGGCCAGCCACAUCAGUGGUAUUUAAGUCGAAUACCUGAUGAAGUAAAACAAAAGUUACAAUAGAUCAUCAAUAC